AUGUCCUUUCUCGUCGUUCCCCUCGUCAAAUUCGGCCUCUCCAAAGCCAAAAAGCACCACGCCGCCAAAAAGCAAGCAAAGCAAGCCGAACAAUUCCAACAACCGGGCUACAACUACGGCCCCGAACCACCCAUCCAAAUGUCCAACUACCCUCCCAACGUCGGUCCCGGCGCAGACAUCCAAUACCAAAGCAACCCCGCCGAACCCGUUAGCAAGGGCGCCAAGGUCAUGGGCAUGUUCAUCUCUGGCGUGCGCUUCUUACAAUUCGUCUUCGGAUUGACCGUCAUCGGCGUAUACGGCAAAGACGUCCGUCACGACCACGACGAUGGACACACCUGGAAUGCGAAAUGGGUGUUUGCCAUGAUAACGGCCUUUUUGGCGACUAGCACCGCGGCGGUGCAUAUGAUUCUACCAUUCUUGAUGCGCCGUGUUACGUACCGGCCGAAUCUGAAGUUGAAGUUGCCCCAGUUUGUCUGGGAGUUUAUCCUGUGUGUCCUGUGGUUGACGCUGUUUGGUAUCUUUGGCAAGAUGUAUAUCGGUGUUUAUCCUUCUGAGUCGAAUGAUUCUGGGAAGAGGGAUACCGAUACGACUACGAGCUCUAGUUCGAGUUCGAGCUCGGACUCUGGACUGGGUGAUGCGUCCAAGAUUAAUCGCAUGCGUCAUGCUGUUUGGAUUGAUCUGGUUAAUCUUGUUAUGUGGGUUGUUACCGCGUCUUGGGUGUUGCUGCGGUGGUUGAAGAGUCGACGCGCGGCGGAGGGUGCUGCGAUGGUUGACGCUGAGAAGGCAGAGCAGAUUUGA